AUGAAAGAGUACUUUUGGGCGGGUAUGAAAACUACACAGAGGGUAGAGAGUAUUAACCGAUUUUUCGAUUGCUUUGUCACCCGUAAAACAAAACUAUUCGAGUUUCCUGAAAAAUAUAACAGAGCGAUGAAGAAGCGGGUUGCGGAUGAGAAAGAUGCUGAUGCAAGGGAUUCCAAGUACAUUAGAAGACUUGUGAGUGGAUUCAAAGUGGAAAGGUAUUUUCAAAAAAUAUAUACUGAUUCGAAGUUUCAAGAACUUCAAAAGGAAUGUGCUAGGUUGUUAUAUGUUCAGAUCAAGGAGGAGAAAAUUAUCAGUGAAGUUGAAAUUCAGUACUUGGUUUUGGAUCGCGUUUGGGUUAUUCGAGAAGGUACAAAUGAGGAAAUAAUAACUGAUUCCAGGAGGUUUUACACACUUAAUUUUAACCCGGUCAGUAAACAUAUUAGAUGCGACUGUAGGAAGUUUGAAAAGGAUGGGAUUCUUUGUAAGCAUAUCAUUAGAGUGUGGGAUGAAAACUUGGUCACUGAAAUUCCAUCGAACUAUGUGCUUAAUCGGUGGCGAAAGGAUGUGUUGAGGAAGCACACUCGCGUCAAAGUUGCAUACCAUGACCCUACUGAAACAGAUGAAUGUGUGCGAUGGAACAAGCUAAUUCCAGACCUUGAGGCAUUGUGUGAUGAAGCAGCCGCCGUUGAUGACGAAACAGUUGAGCUAGUGAGACAAGUAGUGUUGAAGAUCCGAGCUGAAGUUAAUGAGCAACGUGCAAAGGUCAUGUCUACAAAUGGCCCUGGAUCAGAAAUAGGGUCAUCACAUCCACCUCCACCAGAAGGCACUCCUAAGUCUGCAUCUAAGAAAUGUAAUGUCGAUGGAGGAAAAAGUUCAGGAAAUUUUAUACAAAACCCAGUCAAUCAAAAGAGGCCUAGAGGUCGGCCAAAGGGAUCAAGGAACAAGACGUUGGCUGAAUUAGGAUACAACGCAGCCAAAGGGAAAAACACUAAGAGAGCCCAGAAACAAUCACAUGUAGGAUACGUAGAUGAAUCACUCCAAGCAACUAAGUUGCCGGUCAAAAGGAGGAAACAUCCGAACCCGUACGCGGAGUUCUUCGCAACUGCUCCUGCUGAUGAUGUUCCAUGUGAUGACUUUGAGCUCAACAUCUCCACCCAGGGGUGGACUAGUGAUCACGAAUUGAACUUUCACGAAGGAACUUAA